UUACGCACCAUCAUAAAUUAUAGACAUAAAGAAAGAUGAGAGUUCCUAUAAAGAGAUCUCAUUGUUUCCUACAUGACUCAUACUAAUUUCAUCACCAAAUCAAUAUUUUCAUAAUAGUAAGUUGCCUUCUAUUAAAAUAAGCUAACUGAGAAGAAUGGCAGGUUUAAAACGUAAGCUAGAAGGUGAGAUAGAGAUAAGAGUUGCUGGAGGUGAUGCUUUCCAUGAAUUAUUCCAAGAGAAGCCUCAUGACAUCGCAAACAUUCAUCCUGAGUUUGUUCAAGGCUGUGAUUUGCAUCAUGGUUCUUUUGGUAAACCUGGAUCUAAAAUUUGCUGGAAUUAUACUCUAGAUGGAAAGGUUCAAAAAGGGAAGCAAAGUACUAGACGUGGUAGACGAGAAGAACAAAAUAAUCAAAUUUAGAAUGCUGGAAGGAGAUUUGAUGGAGGACUACAACACCUUUGUUAUUACAUACCAAGUGAUACCUAAAGGUGAGGAACUUAGCUUAGUUACUUGGACCUUCGAGUACGAGAAGAAGCACCCCGGUGUCCCUGAGCCUUCUUCUCUGAUGGAUGAAUUACUUAAACUCGCCAAAGAAAUCGAUGAUCAUCACCAUCGCCAGGACAAAUAAGCCUUGAAUUUAAGCAUCAAUAUGCAUAUUUAUAUUAUCAACCAUUUAUGCUUUGUUUGAUGUGUCAUUGCUAAAGUCUAUGAGAACAUGGGUGGAUCAGCUACAUAUGUUUGUAGUAUGCUGUAAUUUGUGAUAUGUAUUAUGUUUGUUGUAAUGUUUUAUUUUAUUUUAUUUCCCUUGAAAAUAUAUGUUAUUGAGCCUUGUGACAUUGUUAGUUGUGUGAAUGGACAUGCAAUAGAUUAUGUAAUGAAUAAAUGUGAUGUUUGGUUUGUUAUGA